AUGCGUGCGGAUAAUCACGGCAUCAGGUUCGAAUGCUUUCACUUGUUGGUCAACUCGUUCCUGGGCGCCGCUGUUGUGUCAGAGGCCACGCUGGUAGAAGUUUUUGAGAAGCUGGCAGAAUCGAUUGACGUCCCAGUUAUCCAGGCGCCCGACGGUAACGAGGUCAAGGAUGCGCUGGCGCUCGCAGCGGAGAUCCAAGGCAGCUUCGACGUGGUCCAGCGCCCGAGCGUCUCUGUCUACUACGAGAUGCCCAAGUACGAUUUAGCAGUGCAGAUGGUGGAGCGAGACAACGAACCAACACUCUUGCAGUCCGAACUCAAGCAGGUGAAACGACGGCUGGCGACGACGGAGCAGCGCUUGGGGCUACACACAAAAAAAUCUCGGAUCCUACACGACACCCACCGUUCACUGGUGCAGAAAACGAACUUCAGACCAGGCAAGCGCUGCGUCAGCAUAUGGAGCGGCUACCAUUUGGCGUACAAGAGGUCUCACGGCUGCAGCAGCGCACGAUCUGUCGUGGCCAUGUGCGCUGGCGAGGAGUGGCAGGGGUCCUUCACAGACGGCGCCAAGAACAUGGUCAUCCGCUUCGAGCAUAACCUGUCCAUUGCCAGGACCGUGGUCGUCAAAUCAUUCUAUGACUCGGUCAAUCACUUGCACGCGACAUCGAAUGAGAUAUGCAUCAACUACGCGAGGGCGGCUUCUCUGGACAGUGGGGAUAUGGUGGCGUUGAUUGGGGGCAAGCUGUUCAGGUUCGAAUUCUUCAUGUUCAGGGGCGACGCCACGAACCAAGAGGCAGUCGACAAGGCAAAAGUGUGGACAGGUGAAGCCAGUUACAUUGCAACAUGCCCAGAGGCGUUGAGCGACAUCAGCAGCGACACCAACUUCGACAGUGACGACCUCAAGCUGACAUUCUUUCGGGAAGUGCUGGACUUGCAGACAGUUCGGACGGGCGGUGCAAAAGAAACCACAGACUUGGUGACGCGACAGUUUCGCAAUGCGGGGCUUCCGACGUGGAUGGAGGAGAGCAAGAUUGAGCGAGAACACCAGUCGGAAGCAUCAAAGCAAGGGACCGCCUACACGGGUCCAACCUUCGUUUCUAAGUUCGUGUCGGGCAAGGCCAAGGUUAUCUUAGACGAGUUCAACGCCCUCCUGGACGACGACGCCAUGCUGACGCACUGGGUCGGCACCUGGAGUCUGAUUCGAGCUGACGAUGUACCAGAACAUGUCGAGGAGGCAUUGUGCUUGAUCGUGACCUUGGUGGUGCGUGGCGCUCUUGAUUGGGAGCGACGGAUGUACGACCCCACGCAGAGGUUCCCACCCGACUUUCUCAACGUCCUGGAGGCGGACCCUGAGGAGGCCUCGGCUCCUCGCAAAGCCUUAGCCCAUCGGUUGAUGACUGCGUCCAAGGAGAACUUAGAGUGGCAGGAUGGCGUGUACAACUCCUUCAGCUUCAAGUUACGUGCCAUGUUCUAUGAAGAUUUCUUCAUCAUGCAGGGCACUGGUAAGUGCACGAGGAUGGUAUGGAUAUUUCUUGCAGGCUGGCGCGCGUUAUUCAAUGGCGAGACGCAGGAGAUCGAGGGCUGGAACAGCACGUUGAAGAAUAUGUGCGAACGGGCUCCACGCACUAAAGUGAGACUGGCAUCGGAUCGCCUCAAGAACAGAGUUGGCGAACGGACUCCCACCGACGAGGCCGUCGCAGUGCACGAGAAGGUCGUCGAGUUCUCAAAGACAGAUGCGAACAUGUUUCGCUUCAGCCCCCUUACAGACAAGUACAUGUUGUCGUGGACGUCGUUGAAGGCCGCCUCGGUGAUCGCUGACACUGCCCAAGUGACGCCGCUGUUCAAGCGGGCCUACAAUGGCCCCAAGAAAAAGAAUACACACACAGUCGACGCCGAGGGCGGUUUGCCUGACAUGCUUGAGGACGACGGCGGCUUCUCUGAGGAGCUUGAACGAUUGAUUGCCCAGGGCGCCAUGGAGGAGGAGUGCGAGGACCUCGAGGGCGCCAGCGAGGGCCUCGACAGCGACGGCAAGGAUACGGACGUUGAGGACGACGCUGGAGAUCGACAGCCUGACCAACAUAACCAUGCCGGGCCUGAUAAAAGCGACGUCUUUGACGCCAUCUCUGGCGACCACCGAGCUGAGCUUCUCCGCAGCGUGAGGGGCGCAUGCGAGGCAAGCCGCACAUCUGCUCGGGACGCGAUGUACUUCGCUGAGGACUACGGCUUCAGGACUGACAUUUCAGAUGCUCCUGAGCGGGGCUUGGUAUCGUUGGUUGAAUUGCGAACAGUUGCAGAAGAUGGUCAAGUUCAUUACGAUGUUGUCUUUGUUGCUUGGGAGGGUGUUGGCAGGUCUGCAAAAAUAGCAAGGGUGGACCUCGAGCACCUCUGGUUCAAGUAUAACGUGCCGGCGACUGAGCAUCUCAAGAGGGAGUGCGACAGGGACCACUGCAACAUCAUCAUCGGGAACGUGCCUGUCAGGGUCACGCGGCCCAAGGACUUGCGUGAGCGUGUGCCUGAUUGGUGCUUGCUAAUUAUGAAGGCCUUCGCGGCCGAACUGUUUUCUGGUCCGAUUGCUCGCGACUGUCUCUUCAGUUGCGACGCCCCCUGCGUUGUUUGUGCGUGCGCAGACACCAUGGGCAUGGAUGUCAGGGUCGUCGGCGGCGGUGGUGCGCAGCCCGUAGAGCACUUUGAUUCGUACAUUUGUUCCGAGUGCGUUGUGUACUGGCACAGCGCGUGCGCAGAGAACGUGGCACGUGCUUUUGGGAUGGGGUCCCCAUUCGAAGAGGAGGGCCUUUUCGUUUGCCCCAUUUGUCUGAACGAGUGA